CCACCACCGGAGCCCAUGGCGGAUAGACCCAUCAUUCCCACCACCACCGCCCCCGCCCCCACCACCAGACCAAAGAGACCACGACCACCGUCAGGACGUACCAACCUAGCCUCAUGUGUAGUAGCCACAAUCUUCUUACUUUUCAUCAUCAUCGUCAUCCUCAUAGUAUACUACACAGUUUUCAAACCACAAGAUCCAAAAAUCGCCGUCAACGCCGUUCAACUUCCAUCAUUCUCCGUCAUUAACGGCACCGUCAAUUUCACUUUUUCCCAAUACGCUUCCGUUAGAAACCCUAACCGAGCUGCUUUCUCUCACUACGACAGCUCACUUCAAAUCCUCUAUUCCGGCAGUCAAGUCGGGUUCAUGUUCAUUCCCGCCGGCGAGAUCGACGCCGGAAGAACACAAUACAUGGCAGCUACUUUCUCUGUUCAGUCUUUUCCGUUGUCGGCACCGCCUAAUAUGGGUCCCACACUGGCGAAUGGUGAUGGUGUUGGGUUUAACUUUGGAUUGAGAGUUCAACCGACGAUGGAGAUUGAGACGAAACUGGAAAUGGCGGGACGUGUUAGGGUUUUGCAUUUCUUCAGUCAUCGUGUUAAGGUCAGAACUGGUUGCAGAAUCGCCAUUGCCGUCAAUAAUGGUGCUGUGUUAGGUUUUCACUGUUAAUUUUUCUUUUUUAUUUAUUUUGUUGUAACUGUAGACUUUAGUGGUAACUCUAGAUAUAAUUAAUAUAGUAAUUAAUUAUUAGUGAUGUUGAGUAAGGAAAGCAUCAAAAUCAAAAUUGUAAAAAUGGAUUUUCAAUUUAUAUUUUGGAAUUGGAAUGCAGA